AUGGCACCCCGGAUACAACCCCGGCGUGUGUCCAACGCCCUCCUCCCCUACCUCACAUCCUCCACAUCCUCCUCCACAUGCUCAAUCACAUCCACAUCCACACCUCUUUCCUCACCUAUCCUGUCCCGUCAAUUCUCUGUCACGCCGGCUCCACAAACCAGGCUUCGACGGCAAAUGUUCCAAUGGCUCACCACCAAGGGUGCCGCGCUGAAGCACCACACGCCGGGCGAAACAAAUUACUUGACUGGUCGAGAUGGGGACAGUGGCACUGGGGGUAGUUUACGACCGUUUCCUGGAAAUUCGAGUUUCCUGAGCGAGAGUGUCCUCAGCGAGGAGCUUCGAAAUGAGAUUUACGUUCGUGUCGUCGAGAAGAAGAAGAGUGUUCGCGCCGUCAGUGUUGAGCUUGGCGUCGAUAUGAAGCGCAUCGCGGCUGUCGUUCGAUUGGUGGAGUUGGAGAGGAGGCAACGCGCACAGGGAAAACCAUUGGCCUUGCCUUAUGCCCGCGCCGUUCACGAAAUGGUUCCCACCACGCCACUCGCUCAAGAAGGCGAGCGUCCAGUAUACCACGAAUCAAUUAAUGAUCUCCCCGCUCAUCCUUCUACUGGUGCUCAGAUCUUCUACCCUGUGCCCGAGUCCCGCUCAUUUAACCGAGUGGAUGCCGGUCGCGUCUUCUCCGGUGCCCCCGCCCUGGAGAACGAUGUUGCUGCCAAGAUCUCUCACCCCUCCGAUCUGAUCGAUGAAAUUGUGCAGAAUCCCAAUUCCAUUGAGUGGGUCGGGAAGGGAGGAAAUGCUCGCCAGGUAUUGCAGCCUGCAGAUGUGCGUAUCCCGCAUCCGCAGCUGGUUCAGCUCGAACGCGAUCGCAAAGCCUUUCCUAAUGAGCGUCGCACUGUGACCGAGCGACACAACGAGCGUCUCAAGAAGCAGGAGGAAGCUGAGCAGAAGCGACGAGAGGUGGCACAAGCUCGACGUGAGAAGAGUGUCCAACACGUCGAGCCCGAGGGUGGCAGGUUCAACUAUCGGAUCCAAGAUGCCAAGUUCACCAAGGAGACCGUUGGCGUCGAUGGUCGUGCUCCUUGGGCUCCCGGUCGUCGAUAUGGUAUCCCUGCGGAUGAUCGAAAGCGCGGUAUCGUCAAGAUUCCGACUCGUGUUGAGGCUUAG